AUGCCUGACGACGAAGACCCCCUGUCAUGGGACCUGGACUCUGCCAUCAAGCUCCUCAAUACUCUUUCCCUCAAGCAAUAUGAUCCUGCCUCGGCACCAGGGCUGAUUUCGCCUCCCGACGAGAAUGCAAUUGACAAACACAAGAUCCAUUCACUGGGGGAUUUUUCCGCCCUCUGGGACUUCCUUGGUCGUCCUCAGCAUGCCGAUGAGAAGCCGGCUAUGGAAUUGGUCAAAUACAAAGUCAACGAUGAGCCUGUCGCCGAGCUUGACAUAAAUCAGCUUGACAAAGGCGUACGAUGGAAAGAUGAGGUGGAUGGUGCAGAUCUAGAGGACAAUGUCCCACCCAACAAACUCGGUGCCUCAUACAUUCGCAACCAAAAGCGUACUGCAAGGAGAGCCAGAGCGAAGGAAAGAGCGCUCCAGCUUUCCGCACAGCGAAAGCCCUUAUCCGAUACGACAGACCUUGAAUCUGCUGAGGAACUCGAAUCCCUUCGUCGAUCACCAGACCGAAGAGCUAUAAUCGACGACAUUCUUGGUCGACCUAGACCCGUUCCUCGCGAGAACACUUCUCCCCCGACUUCCCCAUCACCGCCCAAGGCUGAGGAAAGAAACCCGAAACGGGAUUGGUCCCUAUCAAAUCCGUUUCUCUGGACUAGUCCAGGUGUUCCGUCCCCGUCGAAACGCACAGUCAUUACUCCCCGUGAUGGUCUAUCUCCGCGACAGAGAAAACUAGCCCUCAUCGCCGAAUUAAUGCGCCAACAUCAAGAAGAGAAGAGAUAUUUGAAGAACUCGGCCCUUCUAGAACCCGCAUUUACUCCCUUGAACAUAUCCAACAUUGGCAUUCAUGUCUUCGUCGACAUAUCCAACAUUUCCAUCGGGUUCCAUGACUGCUUGAAACUAGUCCAUGGCUUGUCCCGCGAAACACGCCUCAAGCGUGUCCCACUUUCAUUUCACAAUUUCUCCCUCGUCCUGGAACGAGGUCGACCAGCAGCCAAACGAGUCCUAGUGGGAUCCGACAAAUACGCCGCGAUCCAGCAGGCCAAGUCGAUUGGCUACGAAACCAACAUUCUCGAACGUGUGCACAAAGCCAAAGGGCUGACGCCACGCCAAAAGAAGUACCGCUCCUCAGGGGAGACAAGUGGGUCUGAAACGAACACGAAUCUCUCCAAUCCAGGAGCGGAGAAGUGGGUCGAGCAGGCUGUAGACGAAAUUCUACACCUGAAGAUACUCGAGUCGCUUGUCGACGCCGAAAAACCGAGUACGAUCGUCCUCGCGACUGGUGAUGCCGCGGAGGCCGAGUACUCGGGUGGGUUUCUCAAAAUGGUGGAACGGGCUCUCGAGAAGGGCUGGUCCGUGGAACUCGUCAGCUUCAAACUGAAUACCAGCAGCUUGUAUAAAAAAAGGGAGUUCCGCCUGAAAUGGGGCCCAUUGUUCAAAUGGGUCGAGUUAGACCCGUUUGUCGAGUUCCUCGUGGACGAGGAAGAGGACAAUUAG